GCCGCCGUGCCUCCGCGGGAGUCGUGAGACGAGCCGAGAGCUUUUCAGUGUUUGUUUUGCACCCAGGUUAGGUCUGAGCGACGAGCUUGUUUUGGAUGUGACGCUUGUGGAAAUAUCGAGCACUGUCUGGCCGAGUCUCUCAGUCUCGAGUCGACUACGCGGUCCAUCGCAAACGGUGCAUCCUCGUCUCGUUGCAGCCUGUCUGUGGUUCGACACCGGUCGAGCCGGUCGACCGGUGACUGUGUAGGACACUUGUUGAGCUGUGCUCCAUGCGAUGUUGCUGGGGAGUUUCAGGAGUUGAAGAGCAGUUGUUAUGCUCUUCAAUACAAGCAUCUCUGGCGGAACAAGCUUGGAUGCUUGAGUGCCUCGAAAAAGAUCCAAACUGAUGUUCAACACUUGACAGAAGUCUUAUGCCAUCAUUAGCAUGUCUAGGAAGUUGCAGCAACACUUGGGGCAGUUGCGUUGUGCGGUACUUGAAGGGGUUCAGGUCGACACAUAGAAAAGGAAUGAACAUUUUUAUGUUGAGCUCCAGCGCACUUAAUUCUGAUUGGGAGCUAUCGAAUUAGCCUCAGAGUCUUGUCCGUUUGGCUGGAGAUAUGGUGAGCUGUGAUGGUACACGACAAGUAGGAUCAUUGGAAGAAUAGGACUUGGCCCAUGUUGGUUGAAGCAAAAACAGUCCUUGCGAACUGCAGAGGGCAGAUGGUUGAUGACGACUUCGCAACAGCCGAGGCUGAAGGCAAUGUCGUGUAACGUUUGGUGCCUGAAAUCCCAAGAGGCUCUUCCUUCCGUUGCCUCUCAAGAACAGAUGCAUGAUCCACAAAAGGCGCCCCUCUUGGACAGCAAUCUUUGAUCUCCUAGUAUGUACGUCACGGGCUGCAUGCUGAAUCCUUUUUCCGGGUCAAGCUCACAAACUGGCACCGAUAGCAAGGCGUUGCCAGUGAAUCGUUUGUGCAACAUAGCAGCAAAGAAUCAACCUGCUGGAUGCAGGUUUCCAGAGACUCAGCGCGUCUCAGUUCAGCUAGAUCAGCUUUUCUGUGGCAGGCGCGCCUGCUCAACGAUAAACUUGAAAGAAACUGGACUUUCUGCACCAACUUGCGAUGAUUGACUUCCCUCAUGAAGACCCCUAAGCUUUCAUUUACUAGGUGUUGCUCUCCGUUCUAGAAAUGCGAGGCCUGUGAUGCGUAUUUGAUUGGUGCCAGUGAAAAACACGUACCAUUUCUACUUAUAAUCCAAGCACAUGAACCAACAGCCACUGCGGCACUGUUGGCAAAGAAUCAGCCUGCUAGAUGCAGCUGUCUACAAACCUGCGUACAAAUUCCGGUGACCAAGUUUAUCCUAAUUCAGCUAAUUCAGCUAGUUCAGCUUGCCUGUACCAGGUGCAUUGACUCCACGAUACUUGAAAGAAGUGGGAGUUUCUGCGCAUCGCAAAGCACCACCAACUUGCGAUGCUUGGCUUCCCCAAUUCAAAUGGCGAAGUGUUCUUUCAUCUCAACGCCGCUGCCCCAAAUACACAUCCCGAUGCCUUAUAUUAGAAGGGGCAACAGACCACGGAAACGGGUGGCUUUUUGAAUGCACUGGCACUGCCCGGCUGAAAAUGAAUGCAAAUCAGGUUUCAUCACAAAGACAAGCUGAGUCUGUUCUUGCCAGCAAGGGAGGCCAACGCAGUGACCUUGCACUAAAAUCCUCACCCUCCCCCCCUCAGCGGUCGUGGACGUGCCUCGGAGGGUGCCAAGUCACCCCUUUGAAUAGGCCAGAGGAACAACAGAAAGCUGGCCGUUGCGGCUCCUCAUGGUUGAUUGUUUGAACCAGGAUUACACAGACAUUUGCAACCGAUUUUCCUAGCUUUCGUUUACCCUCGCUGGCCUCAAGUGCUGUGGCCAUUGUUAAAUGGCCAUGCAAGUUUGCGUCCCCUGCCGGUGAUUGUCUGCACAUCAUUUUGGAUGGCAGUGGGAGUGGGAUAUGACAAUCUUGAGCUGGAGCUUUCCUCCGGGGUAGUCUUGGUUGAUGUCGACAUCACAGUGCCAGGGAUUCAACUUUCCAGAGCUGAGAGACACGGAGCCAUUGUCGUGCUGUGGCUGCACAGGAAUGCUAUGGCUGAAGUCGCUACAACAUUUGUGAGCCUUGACAGGCCUCGUUGGUGCUCGCUGGUCUGUCAGCGAUUCAGAAAGCAAUGGACAAUGGAAUGACGAUCCUUUCCAUACACUGUCCUCUUUGCAUCUUGUAGCCAGAGCUCCAAAACACUCGAACUACAGCCCACAAGCAUCACACGGCUCCCCAAAAGACACCCUGGCGCAAGCCUUUUGCUGCUAGCCUUCAAUUCAAGAAACGCGCCAAUCUGGCCCAAAGAACCUGGCUUAAAGCCGCCCUUUGAGUGGCUCUGCCUGAUUGUCUUCUGCGCCCUUUGAUAUGCGAUUUCUAGGGUCACACAGGGGUCUAUGUCAACCUCGCCAACAGGUGCAGUGAUGGACAGCUUGCUUUGUCCAUAGCUCGGCUGCCAAUCUGCAUGCGACAGCCAGUGACCCGAGCGUUUCCAAGAGCUGCUUUUCCUCAGAAUCCACGAAGGAUUUUUCAGACACUUAGAAUGCGCCGGACAUCGGCGCACGCAAUCUCGUGUUUCUUUGUGCCCCUUUGACAGCGACGCUUCAAAGAGAUCAGUGUGCGUGUCCUCAUAAGACUGAAGACCAUGCAAUAUACAAGUUAUUGCAAUGCACGACUGGCACUGCUAGAAAUGCCAUGAAAUGCCUGUCUCCAGAAACCUUUCCAACCCCUCGAUGGACAGUGAAGGAGGUCGAUGCAGAGCUCAAACCAAACCUACUCAAUGAUGAUCACGGUCCGAAGGUAAGUGGUUUAAGAGCUACAGGAAAUUGUGAGGGAACGAGCAAAGCGUUGCUUUCCGGCUUAAGUCAUAUCUUGAAUUUGUCUUGAACAUAUGUCUUCAUGGCUUGCAGUACAAUGCUUGACAUUGACAUUCUCGACAUGUUCUUGUUGAAUUUUCAUCGCUGCGGGGGGUAUGUUGAGCCAUGGAUGCAGAGACAGAGGAUGACCAACCUGCCACUCCCGCUUGCGGGUACCGUGCUCGUUGGAAACGACUCAGAGGAAGUGUAAAUGAUAGCAUUGAUGUUGAUAGUCCUGAGAUUGUGCAUGCUGAUCCCCAGGCAGGUUCGAGUCUUUGGGCUGAAGUUGUUUUGAGUGACGCUGUGAAGGACGAGAUUGUUCCCGAGCUACUCCCUGAAGAGCCGGUAGAGUAUGAGCCUUCUUCGUGCGCAGCCUCGGUGAGCCCACAGACGGAGCCUCAGCCUUUCAUUCAACUUGCAAGCCCAGAAGACAAUGAGAAAGCUGUGUCCAGUGCAGCCUCUCGUCAUAUGCACUUGCAUAGUGUCAAGUUACCUUGGGAAACAGAUUUUGCAAAAUGCAUAUUCGGUGAUGAGUUGCCAAAUGCGUCAUUGGCAUUUCCAAUUGACUGGAGUGCUCAGAAAUCGAUUGAUGAGAUCCAGACGCCUGAGGCUAGUGCAAUCGGUAACCCUCAGACGCUCGACUGGGCUGUCGGCCGUUGUGUGAAGAACAUGUCUGACAGGUCAUACAUCGAACAGAAAGAGAUUGCAACUCUUAGAGCAAUUAAUAAGAUCUUAGUACUCGUUCGUCUUGCCCCCAAUGGCAGCCAGCUAGGAACUCAACUUGAGAGCGGACUUGAUGACCCUGAAGAGACAGUUCGAGCCGUGAUCGGAGUUAAAUCACCGCACACGGUGUUGAAGAGAGUGAAUAGUUUGCUAAGCUUUUAUCGUUGGUGUGCAGCUUCGUGCAAUGAACCUUGUUUUCCAAUAAAGGAACGCAUGGUGUGGCAGUUCUUGCAAUUCCUCAAGGCUUCCGGUGCAGCCCCAACACGGGCGCAAUCGUUCGUGCAGGCACUUAGAUUCGCAUACUUUACUUUUGGGUUGCAUGGUAGCUUAGAUGCCGUACAGAGCCGCCGAAUUACGGGCAGCGCUGAGCUGCAAUGGGCACUAAAACGACCAACCAUACAGGCAAGGCCUCUUAGUGUAUGCGAGGUCAAAAAGCUGCAUGACAUUGCAGCAGAUCCCAUGCGCGCCGUUGUCGACCGGGUGAUGGCUUCUAACCUUUUGUUGAUGCUGUAUGGACGCUGCAGGAACAGUGAUACCGCUAUGGUGCACGAGGUGCUCCAUGAUCACUCUGCAGAGAACGGCUUUUUGGAGAUCACAACGAGGUAUCACAAGGGUUCCAAGUCAGCCCAAAAGAAAGCGACCUUGCUCCCAAUUCUGAUGGACACCAAAGGUGUCGUUGAAGGCGGCUGGGUUGAGAUGUGGGUGAAGAACCGGAAAGAAGCUGGGCUACCGGUAGCAGGUUUGAUUGAUGGUGCACUGCUACCGGCCCCUGCGAUGAAAGAGCAACUGCACUGGAACCAGAGACCUUUAACGUCAGGUGAGGUGACCAGCAUUGUUCGUGCAUUGUUGAGUUGCAGUGAUGCGUUGUUGACAUCACACUCACUAAAAGCAACGACUCUGUCAUGGGCAGCCAAAGCAGGGGUCAGCCGUGAGCUUAGGAAGAACCUAGGCCGUCACUCCUGCUCGGUGGAAGGGUCUGAUGGUUUUUACAGCCGAGAUUUGUGUGUAGAGCCAGUCCGUGCAUUGUCCCGAGUCUUCGAAAUGAUUCGAUCAGACAGCUUCCGGCCUGACGCUGAGAGGUCAAACUAUUUUGUGGGCGGCAAUACAAACUCUUUGAACCUGUUGCCUUCGACGCCGACUUUCCUCGGGAUUCGCCAAGCCAUGACGCCGGCCCCGGCUCAACCGUCUACUCCGACGCACACAGUUUGCCCCAAACUCAGCAAUGACAAACCAGUCCAAGUGAAAGACGAGCGUGAACCAACAGAUGGCAUUGUUAAAACACAAGCUGUGGAUUGCAUUCUUGUUGAAUCCAGUUCGUCAGAGGGCUCCAGCUCCGACUCGUGCAGUGACGAACAGUCAACAAGUGACGAGGAUGAAGCUUUACUGACUAGAGGCCCAGAAGGUCACCGCGCAGGUGAAGCGUCGUCAGUGUCAAACGACGCUCAAUGGCCAGUAUUUGAUGCAUGGGUUCGUCACUUGAAAACGAAAGUCUGUCACCGCUUCGAAUCCUUGAGUGAGCCAACGCCAGGAAACAUCGCUGGCAAAGUGACGUGCUGUGGACGCAAAGUGGGUGACAGAUUUGAGCCUUGCGAGCACCUCAGAGACUUCGAUCGUAAGUGUAAACUUUGUUUGAAAUCGUGCAAGUGAAGUUUUUCCUUUGUGUUCGCGCAUUUCUCAAGCGGGCAAUGGCCCGUAAGCACUGUGUGCAUUGGCGUGAA